AUGAAACUAGGCGAAUACUCAUUUUACAUAUUAGUCACUACAAUUCUAAUCAUAAUAAGAAUCAAUAAAAACGUGGAUGCAAGCGGAAAAAACACACAUAGACAACCAAAGGGACGUGAUAAUUUACGACCACCAUUAUCUGGACGAAGAAACGGAACAUUGAGUGAUCUCUCCGGUGAAAGUGGUCCACGAAUCCACAUAACUGUCAAUGCAAGUGGAUCGAGUUCACAUCAUCAUGGUAAUUAUCCACCAGUAUUAACUGGACGAAGAAACGGAACAUUGAGUGAUCUCUCCGGUGAAAGUGGUCCACGAAUCCACAUAACUGUCAACGCAAGUGGAUCGAGUUCACAUCAUCAUGUAUUAACUGGACGAAGAAACGGAACAUUGAGUGAUCUCUCCGGUGAAAGUGGUCCACGAAUCCACAUAACUGUCAAUGCAAGUGGAUCGAGUUCACAUCAUCAUGGUAAUUAUCCACCAGUAUUAACUGGACGAAGAAACGGAACAUUGAGUGAUCUCUCCGGUGAAAGUGGUCCACGAAUCCACAUAACUGUCAACGCAAGUGGAUCGAGUUCACAUCAUCAUGGUAAUUAUCCACCAGUAUUAACUGGACGAAGAAACGGAACAUUGAGUGAUCUCUCCGGUGAAAGUGGUCCACGAAUCCACAUAACUGUCAAUGCAAGUGGAUCGAGUUCACAUCAUCAUGGUAAUUAUCCACCAGUAUUAACUGGACGAAGAAACGGAACAUUGGGUGAUCUCUCCGGUGAAAGUGGUCCACGAAUCCACAUAACUGUCAACGCAAGUGGAUCGAGUUCACAUCAUCAUGGUAAUUAUCCACCAGUAUUAACUGGACGAAGAAACGGAACAUUGAGUGAUCUCUCCGGUGAAAGUGGUCCACGAAUCCACAUAACUGUCAAUGCAAGUGGAUCGAGUUCACAUCAUCAUGGUAAUUAUCCACCAGUAUUAACUGGACGAAGAAACGGAACAUUGAGUGAUCUCUCCGGUGAAAGUGGUCCACGAAUCCACAUAACUGUGAAUGCAAGUGGAUCGGGUUCACAUCACCAUCCACAUUUUCCACCACAAUUAUCUGGUAGAAGAAACGGAACAUUGAGUAGUCUCUCCGGUGACAAUGGUCCGAAAAUCUACAUAACUGUGAAUGCAAGUGGAUCGGGUUCACAUCACCAUCCACAUUUUCCACCACAAUUAUCUGGUAGAAGAAACGGAACAUUGAGUAGUCUCUCCGGUGAAAGUGGUCCACGAAUCCACAUAACUGUCAAUGCAAGUGAAUCGAGUUCACAUCAUCGUGGUAAUUAUCAACCAGUAUUAACUGGACAAAGAUAUGGAUCACUGAGUGAUCACUCCGGUGGAAAUGGUCGCUGUAUUUACAUAACUGUGAAUGCAGGUGGAUCGAGUUCAUAUCAACAUCAAAAUUUUCCACCACGAUUAUCUGGAAGAAGAUACGGAUCAUUGAGUGGCCAUUCCGGUGACAAUGAUCCAUCUAUCUACAUAACUGUGAAUUCAGGUGGAUCGAGUUCAUAUCAAAAUCAAGAUUUUCCAUCACGAUUAUCUGGAAAAAGAUACGGAUCGUUGAGUGGUCUCUCAGGUGAAAAUCAUCGACGUAACCACAUAACUGUGAAUGCAAGUGGACAGAAUUCAUAUCACAAAACAUAUGGAAAGCACGGUAAAUUUCCACCAACAUUCUCUGGACGAAAGUAUGGAUCAUUGAGUGAUCUCUCCGGUGAAAGUGGUCCACGAAUCCACAUAACUGUCAAUGCAAGUGGAUCGAGUUCACAUCAUCAUGGUAAUUAUCCACCAGUAUUAACUGGACGAAGAAACGGAACAUUGAGUGAUCUCUCCGGUGAAAGUGGUCCACGAAUCCACAUAACUGUCAAUGCAAGUGGAUCGAGUUCACAUCAUCAUGGUAAUUAUCCACCAGUAUUAACUGGAUGGAGAAACGGAUCACUGAGUGGUCUCUCCGGUGGCAAUGGUCCUUCUAUCUACUUUACCUUCAAUUCAGAUGGACAGAAUUCAACUAAUCAUGAUCGAGGACAAGGAGUGACUUCACCACCACGAUUAUCGGGACGUAAAUACAUGAAAGGUCGAUCAAUUGAGUACAUGUUUGAGAAAGUAGAGGGAGAAGUAAUGAAUGCAACUCACAGUACUAGCGGAGAAGACAGUUCGUCCAAAAAUAAUAGAAAUGAUUAUUAUAAUAAGAGAUUAUCAAACAAGGCAGGUGGUAAACGCUAUGAAGAUAAUUUCUCCUCUCGUGAUUAUUCAACUAUUGAUGAUAUUGAUUCAGAAACGACUACAUUUCAGUAUGGUGGUAAAAUCACAAAAUAUGGUAAACGUAGUCGAACGGAUUCCGACAGUAUACCGACAAUUGGAAGUUCGGAUCGAUAUGCUAGUUCAUAUAUUAAAGAUAACUUUAAAAUUAAAGCUAAAUCAAAAAAAAAGUACGCAAAAGAUCAUGUCUAUGGAACUUACAAAUCUAAUAAGAAACGUGGAGGAAGAAAAACUAAUAAAGGAACAAAAUCGAAAGAAUCGCGAAACAAAACCGAAAGAAAAUCUUCUUAA